CGAGGGCGGGUCUGCGCAGGCGCGGUGGAGCGGCGGGCUUGACAGGCUCGAGCGAGAGCGAACGGUUGUCCGUCCGCUUUAUCGCUGAGGAGAUUUGGCGCCCGGAGGCCCCAGGAGCCAGACAGGCCGCAAGGGUGGGAGUUCACGUUAGAUUUACAAUGAUUCGUUUCAUCCUGAUUCAGAACCGGGCUGGGAAAACCCGCCUGGCCAAGUGGUAUAUGCAGUUCGAUGACGAUGAGAAACAGAAGCUCAUCGAGGAGGUGCACGCUGUGGUGACUGUGCGAGACGCCAAACACACUAACUUCGUGGAGUUCCGAAACUUCAAAAUAAUUUACCGGCGUUAUGCUGGUCUGUAUUUCUGCAUCUGCGUGGACGUCAAUGACAAUAACCUGGUGUACCUGGAGGCCAUUCACAACUUUGUGGAGGUUUUGAAUGAAUAUUUCCAUAACGUCUGUGAACUAGAUCUUGUCUUCAACUUCUACAAGGUGUACACGGUGGUGGAUGAGAUGUUCCUCGCCGGGGAGAUCAGGGAGACCAGUCAGACCAAGGUCCUCAAACAGCUCCUGAUGCUCCAGUCACUGGAAUAAAAUCCUCGUCCCGGCAACUUGAGAGGGAGUCUUCGCAACCGCUCUCAAACUACAUUGGUGCAAUUGUAUACAUGUGUGUGUGUGUGUGUUAGUGUGUGUGCGCCGGCAUGCACGUGUGUGUCUGUGUGCGAGCGAGUGUUCGUGCCCGUGUCUGGGCGACAAAACAAGCGCGACCUGUAUAGAGAGAGAGAGAGAGAAAACCGUGAAUGUCAAAAUAUAGAUACAAGAGGAGGGUUUUCGCUGUUCAACCACUCUCCCUCCCUCCAAAGGCUCCUUCAUCUCUGAGUUUGUCUGUCUGCCUGUGAGCGAGCGGCCUCGAAACUCCGGCUGUCCGGCUACUGAUUGACCAAUGGGCCAGGUCAACACUAAACCCUCUCUACCCAGCUUCCUCUUUCCCUUUCUCUAACAGUUCACCCCCCCCCCCC